AUGGAGAUAUUCCGCCUUUCAGACGACGGCCGUGGGCUGUUAGGAAGACUAUGUUUGCCUGGUGUCUUCGACGCAAGCCUGGUCAUGACCGGAAGCAGGAAGACUCUUGAAGAGCUGGUUUACGGCCUCGAGGCCAGGGAUGAUAUCACAUCGGAAUCAGAAGUUGAGAACGAACCUGAAGAUCGGGUAGAAAAGGAAGUCGAGUCUGGUGCUUCGGACGAGGAGCAAGACGUGGAAAGCGACGACAACGUAGUUGUCUCGGAGACUGAAACCAAGGAGAAGAGAAGAUUCGAAAGUUUUGAGAAGAACAGCUUCAGGUCACCCAAAUUCUGGUUCCAGUGGAAGGGUCAGGUGAAGUCGAAUGCGGAAUCGAGCAUGGCCAAGUCUAAUCCGGAAGGAAGUGAAACGGGCAGGGGAUAUGUCGUAUUUUCUGGAAACGACUGUCGCUCGUUCAAGGGCACAAUCAGUGUGGAUGCCUUGCAGUGGCAGGAUGUUUCUUUGUCUGGGUGGAAGCAGGUGACAAUGCCUGAGAGGGACGUCGGCUUUGACUGGAAAUGA